AUGAAGAGAAGAGCAGCAAGCCCCCUUCCCACCACCGCCCGCGAAAGCCCCCACAAGAAAGUCAUGACAGAAGCCGGCAACGGCACCGGCAGCAGCAAUAGCAACGGCAAGAUGGACAUCGAUACUCCCGCUGCGGGGGUCGAGCAGCUCAAGGAUGCCAGCAAUGCGAGCGGCGAGAUCGACGAGUCGCUCUACUCCCGACAGCUGUACGUGCUCGGCCACGAGGCCAUGAAGCGGAUGGGCUCCAGCAAUGUGCUCAUCGUCGGUCUCCGCGGUCUGGGCACGGAGAUUGCAAAGAACGUGGCGCUGGCUGGAGUCAAGAGCCUGACUCUGUUCGACCCCAAGCCCGCGCGUAUUGACGACCUCUCCUCGCAGUUCUUCCUGACACCCCGCGAUGUCGGCAAGCCUCGUGCUGCUGUCACACAGCCCAAGGUCUCAGAGCUCAACCCAUACACGCCCGUCAACCUCCACCCAGGCGACAGCCUGACGGGCGAUCUGAGCCAGCUCAAGCAGUACCAGGUCGUCGUCCUGACCGACACCACACUCGACGACCAGCUCAAGAUCGCCGACUACUGCCACCAGAAUGGCAUCUACCUCGUCAUCACAGACACCUAUGGCCUCUUCGGCACCAUCUUCACAGAUUUCGGCAAGAACUUCACUGUCGGAGAUGCUACCGGCGAGAACCCGCUCAACGGCAUCGUCGCCGAUAUCGACUCAGACGGCUUGGUCUCGGCCCUGGACGAGACGCGCCACGGAUUAGAAGAUGGGGACUUUGUCACAUUCUCAGAGGUGGAGGGCAUGGAGAAAUUGAACGAUGGCACACCUCGGAAGGUGACAGUCAAGGGACCAUACACAUUCUCGAUUGGAGAUGUAUCUGGCGUGGGCCAGUACAAGCGUGGUGGUUUGUACCAGCAGGUCAAGAUGCCCAAGAUCCUUGACUUUGAGCCUCUGAGCCAGCAGCUCAAGAAGCCGGAGCUUCUGAUGUCCGACUUCGCCAAGUUUGAUCGACCUGGACAGCUCCACGUCGGUUUUCAGGCGCUACAUGCGUUCGCGAAGAACCACAGCGGCGAAUUCCCUCGCCCACACAACGACGCGGACGCCGCCGAGGUAUUCAAGCUCGCCCAAGAGAUCGCGAAGACGCAAGAGGAGCCUCCCGAGUUGGAUGAGAAGCUCUUGAAGGAGCUGUCUUAUCAGGCACGUGGUGACCUAUCACCCAUGGCUGCCUUCUUUGGUGGUCUUGCUGCACAGGAGGUCCUGAAAUCUGUCUCUGGAAAGUUUCAUCCUAUCAAGCAGUGGCUGUACUUUGACUCGCUCGAAUCGCUCCCCACCUCGACGCCUCGCAGUGAAGAGCUGUGCAAGCCUUUAGGCACUCGGUACGAUGGUCAGAUCGCGGUGUUUGGCAAGGAGUUCCAGGACAAGAUUGCAAAUGUGAAGCAAUUUCUGGUUGGUGCGGGUGCCAUCGGCUGUGAGAUGUUGAAGAACUGGGCCAUGAUUGGCCUUGCGACUGGGCCAAACGGAAAGAUCAGUGUGACGGAUAUGGACCAGAUUGAGAAGAGCAAUUUAAACCGCCAAUUCUUGUUCCGUUCCAAGGACGUGGGUAAGCUCAAGAGCGAGUGUGCAGCCGAAGCAGUCCAGGUCAUGAAUCCAGAUUUGAAGGGCAAGAUCGAAAUGAUGAAGGAUAGAGUGGCACAGGACACAGAGCACAUCUUCAACGAGAACUUCUGGGAAGGCUUGGACGGUGUGACGAACGCUCUGGACAAUGUAGAUGCGCGGACAUACGUGGAUAGGAGAUGCGUCUUCUUCCACAAGCCCCUUCUGGACAGCGGUACUCUCGGCACCAAGGGCAACACACAGGUUGUCCUGCCACGUCAGACGGAGUCGUACUCCAGCUCGCAAGAUCCUCCGGAGCAAUCAUUCCCGAUGUGUACUCUCCGCUCAUUCCCCAACCGCAUCGAGCAUACCAUUGCUUGGGCAAAGGAUCUAUUCCACACCUACUUCGCUGGCCCCGCAGAAAUCGUCAACACCUAUCUCACCCAGAAGGACUACUUGGCCAGUGCGCUGAAGCAGUCCGGUAACGAGAAGCAGACGCUGGAGACCCUCCGUGAUUACCUCGUGACCGAGAAGCCGGAGAACUUUGAUGACUGUAUCGAGUGGGCCCGCAAGCAGUUCGAGAAGCAGUACAACAACGCCAUCCAGCAGUUGCUGUACAACUUCCCCAAGGACUCCAAGACCUCAUCAGGCCAGCCAUUCUGGUCUGGUCCCAAGCGUGCUCCUGAUCCACUCCAAUUCGAUCCAUCCAACCCCACUCACUACGGCUUCAUCCUUGCCGCUGCGAACCUCCACGCCUUCAACUACGACAUCAAGCCCAACAACGACCGCAAAUACAUCACAUCGGUGCUUGAGCGCCAGAUCAUCCCCGACUUCAAGCCGGACCCUGGUGUCAAGAUUCAAGCCGAUGACAAGGAGCCCGAUCCGAACGGCGGUGGGCCAGCGGACGAUAACGCUGAGCUGGAGCAGAUCGCGAAGUCGCUGCCGCAACCAAAGACGCUUGGCGACUUCCGUCUGGAGCCAGUCGAGUUUGAGAAGGACGACGACACCAAUUUCCACAUCGACUUCAUCACGGCGGCCUCGAACCUGCGUGCGGAGAACUACAAGAUUGUGACGGCUGAUCGUCACAAGACCAAGUUCAUCGCUGGCAAGAUCAUCCCAGCUAUUGCCACCACCACGGCGCUGGUCACCGGUCUCGUCAUCCUGGAGCUGUACAAGAUCAUCGAUGGGAAGGACGACAUCGAGCAAUACAAGAAUGGAUUCGUCAACCUGGCAUUGCCGUUCUUCGGCUUCUCCGAGCCCAUCGCCAGUCCGAAGGGCAAGUACCAAGGACCGAAUGGCGAGGUGACCAUCGACAAGCUCUGGGACCGCUUCGAGACGGAGGACGUGACGCUGCAGCAGUUCCUGGACGACUUCAAGGCCAAGGGGCUGAGCAUUAGCAUGAUCAGUUCUGGGGUGAGCUUGUUGUACGCCAGCUUCUAUCCAGCCAGCAAGAACAAGGAGCGCCUGCCGAUGAAGUGAGUCAACACAUCCUUCCUGACAUGAUGACAAUCGCUAACAGCUUUGCAGGAUGUCCCAGCUUGUUGAGCACAUUAGCAAGAAGAAGAUUCCAGAUCACCAGAAGAACGUCAUCUUCGAGAUCACUGCCGAGGACGAGACAGAAGAGGAUGUGGAGAUACCGUACGUGAUGCUCAAGCUGGACAAGUAG